UUUUGUUUCAACAAAAGAAAAAAACUUGGAAUACGUGAACCCUGAUUCUGAAGCGCGCAGAAGAAACACAUUUGCGGCGAACACAUGAAGAAACCGAAGCAAACUCAGAUGAACCCCAAUUGGGUUCAACUCCAACAAAAGCUGAAGCUGAAUGCCUCCAAGGCUUCAAGGACCUUCAAUAAUUCAGAUGACGACACCCCAAACUCAAUACUAGGGAAACGUAAAGAAAGACCAGAUGAUGAAUCCAAUGAUUGUCAGAAUAAUCCUCUUAUUCCUGUAAAUGACGAUUCAAGUCUGACAGAUGCAGUGGCCAUGGAUUGUGAAAUGGUUGGCGUUGGUCAAGGAAACAAAAGUGCCCUUGGAAGAGUGACACUGGUCAACAAAUGGGGAAAUGUUGUUUAUGACGAGUUUGUCCGGCCAAUGGAGCGGGUUGUUGACUUCCGCACUAAAAUUAGCGGCAUAAGACCUCGAGAUCUUCGAAAAGCAAAGGAUUUUUGGACUGCUCAGAAGAAAGUAGCAGAGUUGAUCAAUGGAAGAAUCCUUGUUGGUCAUGCCUUGUGCAAUGAUCUUAAGGCAUUAUUAUUAAGUCAUCCCAAAAAGGACAUACGAGAUACUUCUGAGUACCAACCAUUUCUAAAGUGCUGUCACCUUGCUACUUCUUUUAGCAAUUCGUUUUUUAAUUUCAUUUUCCAAAUGUCCCUAUACUUUGUUCUAAUAGAAUUGUCUUUGGGUUUGAGCAGGUCAAGUAGCAGAAGAGCACUGCGGCAUCUUGCUGCAGAACAUCUUGGUGUUAAGAUCCAAACAGGAGAGCACUGCCCUAUAGAAGAUGCUCGUGCUGCUAUGAUGCUUUACCAAAGAAAUAAAAAGGAAUGGGAGAAGAGCAUAAAAGAUCAAUUUCGGCUCAAACAGAAACAGAGGAAAUCAAAGCAGAAAAAGAGGCAGAAGAAUGAAGAUGCUUCAAAUGCCAACCACGUUGGAGUUGGAUCAUAGCAUCGGAUGCCCUUUUAAAAAAUAUGGUCAGGAAACCUCUCCUUCAAUGGUUAACUUCGAAUUCCAAAUGCAGUUGAAAGAAACAUUUUUUUAGUUAUUAUAAGAUCAAUAUUCAAGGUACCACAUACACUCAUGUUCUGUUUUGCCCCUUCUCUCCAAGUAUAAUUUUUAGGAAAAAAACUCUUCAGUUUUAUAGUGGGUAAAUGUUAUGUUGUAGUUCAAAUUAAAUCAAGAGUGUAUAUCAUCAUUUAUUUUAGAGUUUU